AGAGAGGAGAUUGUUACAACUCAUCUUGACUGGACUGCUUCUCGAUCAGGGCAGGGAUAAAGCUUACAUUAGACUAAUUCAGGAAAUAAUUAUAUAUUUGAUAUAUUUGGAUACCUUGGUCUCCCCUCGUACAUCAUGGCCUGUUUUACUGCCACGCUUGGUGUUUUCAUCCUGUCUGGAUUCAUCAACUUCUUAGCAGCAAAAAAGGAAACUUGUGAUCUUUAUGCUGUCGUCGGACAGAGUUCAACUCUGCCGUUUGUCUUUGAGGGACUUUCAAACCUACAUGUGCUGAGAUGGACUCAUAACGGCACAAUCAUUUUCUACAGACAAGGCUUAGUGUCUGCUGGCAAGUCGGAGGACAUCUCUGCAACUGGAUCGCUGUUGCUGAAGAACCCACAAUUCUCAAGUGCAGGGACUUAUGAAGCAAAGGUGCUGAAUCCCAAUGGCACCCUGGCCAAAGCAUGGACUAAUUUUCUCUGUGUGAUGGACAAGGUAUCAAAACCUCAACUCACUUAUGUGUGCAACCCCAAGUCUAGUGCUGUGAAUCUAAACUGCCUUGUAGCUAAACCCGAGCGUUUGGUGUUCUCAUGGACACUCGAUGGAAAGACCUUAACAAGCGAAACAAGACCAACACUGAGCAUAUCGCUGGCACAGCUGAAAGGGGAGACGAGCUUUACUUGUAGUGUGGCAAACAAACUGAGCAGGGAGACGAGUGAUACUGUCCGUCCAAGUUGCAAAAGUCCUCCACCACCUCCUUUGCUCUGUUUUCCAUCCAAAACUGUCACCGCAGUGCUUGCAGGAGGAGCCGGUCUGAUUUUGCUCUUGCUCACCAUAAUCAUCAUAUUAUGUUGCUGCAUCAAAAACCGAAUGACACGCGGGAAUAAAGGGCAGCUGAGGAUGCUUUCUCUUAACAAACGAGAUCCUGACUCCAUCAGCCCAGAUUAUGAGACGAUGCGCCCGUCUGAGGACUCUCCACCCCAGAGUCCCGCUUCUCCGCCCAGAGCCUGUUACGAGAACGUUUCUCAGCCUGAAGCUCAGACUGAAAACAGGCCUGCACAGCUGUCCACAGAUGCUGGACAACAACCUUCAACUUCACCUUCACCUGUGCCGAAGCCGAGGACGAAGACUCCCCAGACACCAAACAUCUGAGUGCAUCCCUCUCUCUAAAAUCUCCCGUUUUUGUCUAUAAUUUGAAGGUACACAUUCUUUAUUACUUUAACAUGUCAGUGUAUGCCUAUAUAGAUGUUGCAAAUAAAAACAGAACUGUCUGUCUCUAGGAUCAGUAAGCUUUGUCAAAAUGUGCUUGAGACAGAAAAAGUUUUACUUUCUCAGCAACUUUAAAUGUGAUAUCAUGACUUAUCAAUGUUAACGUUUUGUUAUUAAUGAUCUCAUUUUAGCUGUUAGGGACAGGGCUUAUGUGUUGGUGGUAAAUAUAAAGAAGGUAUUAUCUGAUCCCAUGUACAUGUUAUCAUACUGUGCUAGAGGAAUUUCAAUAUUGAUGUUUUGUUGUGUGAUUUGUUAAUAUAACUGAUGGUCUUGUGUGUUUUAUUAUGAAUUCUUUACAGAGCCAAUGUAUGUCUGUGUCAUAAAUAAAGUGAUUUCUUGAUAAAACAUUUUUUGUGUAAAAUAUUUAUUAAAGGAUAUGACUGGUGAUAUUCUAUAUUUUUCUUAUUGUCAAAGAAACUUUAGAAAUAACCAAAACCACCAAAGCAUUCUUCUGUAUUUCAGCUCUUUUCAACUUCCUUAAAGCUGUUUAUGGCACUCAGCCCCAGGCUCACUAGUUCCAACCA